CGGCAACAACACACUCGGGAAAACUUGAUUCCUUUGAACGAGCUCCAUUCGUUCCACGAAUCGAAUUCGCAGAAAAUCCAUCCUCCUUGGAUCAGUAUCAUUGAUUUCGUGCUCGAAAAUCGUGGUGAGCUUUCGAAUUAUGCGUGUAUAUUUUCUUUUUUCCUCCCUCUUUCCUCUCUCUCUCUCUCUCUCUUUCUAUCUAUCUCUCGAGUGAACGAACACCUGUUGAACUGGCUGGCUCUGUUUAGUCGGUGCGUUUAGUCACGGAGAAAGGAUUGUUAGGACGGCUAGAAGGUUUUCUGUGUGGGAACAGUAUAUCGGUGGGAAGUGUAUCGAUCGUGAAGUUUCGAAAUAUUCGUGGCUGGGGUAUCGUGAUAUCGGAACGACGUAUAAAUGCAAGUGAAAUUGGGACUACGUUUUGGGCUGUUCAAUGCCAUUUCCAAGAAGACAAAGAUUCCGACACAAUUGACAUAAAUCUGCUGAUUCUAUCGUUCGUCGAUGACGACAAUAGAAGUGACGAAGAGCGAGUGUCGCGAAGGAAUUCGAACCGGAUAUUAUUCAAGGGGCAGGUGAAGGAUACGAAAAUACAAUGCACGCCUUUAAACGAGCUGUGGCAGUUGGUACAGAAAUGCUGGAAUUAGAUUGUCAUUUAACAAAAGAUGGACAAGUAGUUGUAUCACAUGAUCAUAAUCUUUUACGAAGUACAGGUACAAAUAAAAGUAUUUCAGAAAUGAAUUACAGAGAUCUACCUCUAUUAAAACCACGUCUUCCAAUAGAUUUUGAUCCAGAUGUAGAAUAUGUUGGUACAGAAAAAGAAGAAGAUAGACGAUUUGCAUUAUUGAAAGAAGUAUUUGAAGCAUUUCCCAAUAUACCAAUUAAUAUUGACAUUAAAGUUAAUAAUGAUGAACUUAUAACAAAAGUAUCAAAUUUAAUUAAAGAAUAUAACCGAGAAGAAUAUACUGUAUGGGGAAAUUUUAGUGAUGAAAUAACACAGAAAUGUUUUAAAACGAAUCCCAAUGUAAACUUAUUAUUUUCUAUGAGACGUGUAACUCUAUUAAUAGUUUUCUUAUACACUGGUUUAUUACCAUUUAUACCUUUAAAAGAAACACAUUUGGAGAUAUUUCUACCUUCUAUUUAUUUGAGGUGUAAAGGAAAUCCGAAUCCAACAUAUUUACCUUUGGAAAAAGUAAUUGUAAGAACUCUUAAUGUACUUCUAAUAAGACGAUGUUUAUUUAAUCAUUUAAGAGCUCGUGGUAUACAUGUUUAUUUUUGGGUUUUAAAUAAAGAAGAAGAAUUUAAGAAAGCUUUUGAUCUUGGAGCUACUGGUGUAAUGACAGAUUAUCCUACGAAAUUGAAAUUAUUUCUAAAUAAUUUUUCUAUUGAGUAAGAUAUUAAAUGCAGUGAAUACAAACAAUAUUGAUAUAUAUUAGGUACAUAAAAUAUUCAUUGAUUUAUUUCCAAGAAAUAUAUAUACUAUUAUAAAAUAUUAAAAUAUUAAAAAGAAGUAAAAUCUUUAGACAAACAAAUGCUAUAAAUUAUGAAAAAUAUGUUUUUAUUCUAUGCACAUAAUAAUUAAGUAAGUAAAAAUAGCUUAUUUUUAAAAAAAAUUGCAUAUAGCACAAGCAAAAAUAAAGUUCAAAAAUUGCAUAAUAAAACAACUACUAUAAUACUACAACUUACUAUAAUAAAACAAUUUUUAUUAUACUAUUUAAAAUAAAAAAUAUAAAAUUAUUCAAAUUAUAAAAUUAUUAAAAUAUAAAAUAUUCAAAAAAUAUUCAUAGAUGUUAAUAAAAAUAUGUUGAUAAUUUCAAAAAUACUUUCGGCCAUAUUCAAAAAACUCAAUAUUUCUAUAUAUUUGAAAUAAAAAAUUCAAUAAUUAUAAAAA